AUGCUGCUUUACAGUCAUCAUAAACAGAAAUACAGGCAGUGGUUCCACAACCACAAGAAACACAAGCCCAAUGCCAAAGUGCCGAUAAAGCUGCAAAAGAAAUGGACAGCACACCGAGUAAUUGAAGAGCAGUGCAAGGCCGACAUUCUUCAGCAAAUACAUGAAGAAAUCGAGGAGGAGACUGGGCAGAAGCCUGAGCAGAAAGAAAUCUUCAGGAGGUAUCAACCCACUAUGACGGCAAUCAUGAAAGGGCUGGGCAACAAUGAGUUGGAGGAAGCCCGGGCGAAGGCCAACGAGUGGACAAAUCAAGCACCUGACCCUGCAGUCCAGGCCAAGACGGCUAGGAAGAAGGGUGAAAAGAUGAUCAAGCACUUCGCAAAGGAGAUGUUUACUCAGGCCGGUAUGAGACUCUUUGUAUUGGGUUCCUGGAAGGAUGAGAAGGGCGGCCUACUUACAUCCGGGCAAGUUAAUACAGUUGGCUCCAGCUUCAUGAAAUGCAAGGACUGGCAGGUCAUCUUACUGGCAUGGGAAGAUUUCAUAGGUGAUGCAUUCAACCAGGAUCAAGACCAGGAUGGCACGCUGCUCGGAGGCACUCGCCGGGUUCCCAAGCCUUACCAUGAGUUCGACCUGGACCGCAUGGGUUUGCCGAUGUUGCCCGAUAUUGAGGGCGUGUCUCUUGACGCCAAGAAGGGAAUGAUUCGGUCAUUUCUCACCAUUCAUUACCGAAUAUGCUGUGGAAAGCCGAAGGUCCCAGUGCCUUGGAGCGACAUAAUGAAGGGACAGUCCAGAUUUAUCUCCAGCAUAUACUUGCCUGAGGACGCAAAGAUCAUGGACCCUUCGAAAUUGCAACGGAAUGAAGCCAACGCCUUGUUGGAAUGUUGGUUAGACCAACAAGACAACCAGGUAGGGCUCACAUUAAAGUUCAAGGCCUGGAUCGACGACAAGGGCAAGAUGAGGGCUCCUGUCAGCAAAGAGUCUGAUGACUCUAACGGUGAUGCUGAUGAUGAGGGCAUGUGGCCCAUGCCAACCAAAAAGUCAUCGGCCGCCGCUGCACCAUCACCGGUCGGAGUUCACAAAGCGCAGCCUAUGUUCAUCAAAUGA